AUGCUGUGUGUAAGUGCUGUUAGACCAGGAUGCAGCAGCUGCUGUUCAGAGAGAAGGAGCUCCCAACAAGUCCAAGGCCUCCAGCACAUGGAAGCAGUGACUACAGCAGAGCUGUUAGAUGUAACCAGAGCAUCCCUUUCUCUACCUCCUCUGCAGCCUCUGCAGCUCCACAGCCUCCAGAGCUGGAGGUACAGCACACAGGGACCUUGGAGUUACACUGGUUCUUUCCAGGAGCAAGAUGUUGUGGAGGGGUUCAAAUGGCAGAGACCAGGCAUCCCAUUUGGAGCUGCCACAUCCUAUGUACAUCUAGAGAAGCUGUGUGAAGGAUCCUGUGCGACUGUGUACAAGGGGAUCAGCAGGAUCAACAGCCAGGUGGUGGCACUGAAAGUGAUCAAGCUGGAGGCAGAGGAGGGAGUGCCCUUUACAGCCAUUCGGGAAGCUUCUCUUCUCAAGUGUUUGAAACAUGCCAACAUUGUACUGCUUCAUGACAUUAUCCAGACCAAGAAGACACUAACAUUUGUCUUUGAGUACAUGCACACAGAUCUAGCACAGUACAUGAGCCAGCAUCCUGGAGGACUCCAUUUGUGCAAUGUUAUGCUCUUCAUGUUCCAGCUUUUGCGUGGCCUGGCUUACAUCCACCAACAACACAUUCUUCACCGAGAUCUGAAACCCCAGAACUUGCUCAUCAGUUGCCUCGGUGAGCUCAAAUUAGCCGACUUUGGCCUUUCUCGUGCCCAGUCCAUCCCCAGACAGACAUACUCCUCUGAAGUUGUGACACUCUGGUACCGUCCUCCUGAUGUGCUGCUUGGAGCUACAGCUUAUUCUUCUGAUAUAGAUAUUUGGAGUGCAGGCUGUAUAUUUGUGGAAAUGAUCCAGGGUCAGCCAAUAUUUGCAGCAACUUCUGGUACUCAUGAACAACUGGAGAAGAUCUGGGCGGUAUUGGGGGUCCCAACUGAAGAUACCUGGCCAGGACUUUCCAAGCUCCCCAGCUAUAACCCAGAACUGGUUGCUUCCAGGAGACCUCAGAGCCUCCGAGUCAUCUGUGACAGGAUGAGCAGGGUGCCAGCAGCAGAGAAUUUGGCCUCCAGGAUGCUCACAGCCUUCCCUCGAGGCCGAAUCUCUGCACAAGAUGCGCUUCUUCAUAGCUUCUUCAGCCCUCUGCCUCCUCAGCUCUACCAGGUCCCUGCUGGACAAUCAGUGCUCACAGUUCCAGGGGUGAGACUGCAACCUGAAAUCUGUGACCUGUUUGCUUCUUAUGGAAAAGGCCGUGUCUCAGGAGGUUUGAGCAAGUUUUGGUAG